AUGGCUGAUACUGAAGCCACCAAGCCCACCGUCGACGCUACCGAGCAGGCAGGCUCUGGCUCUGGCGCGGCUGCCGAAGAGGCCGAAAGCGACGCGCACUUUGAGCCUGUAAUCAAGCUCGAGAAACUGGUCGAAGUUAAGACGCACGAAGAAGAUGAAGAGGUCACAUUCAAGAUGCGAGCCAAACUGUUCCGAUUCGACAAGGACGCCAAGGAAUGGAAGGAACGUGGUACUGGUGAUGUUCGACUGCUCGAGCACAAGCAGACGCACAAGGUGCGACUGGUGAUGCGUCGAGACAAGACGCUCAAGGUGUGCGCCAACCACUACGUGACGAGCGAUAUGAAGCUCAGCCCCAACGUCGGAUCGGACCGAUCGUGGGUGUACAACGUUGCUGCCGACGUCGCCGACGGUGAGGCCACUGCCGAGACGCUGGCGAUUCGUUUUGCCAACUCGGAAAACGCGAAUGGGUUCAAGGACGCUUUCGAGCAGGCACAGAAGAAGAACGCCGGUAGCAGCACCACCGAUGCACCAGCACCGCCUCAAGAAUCGAGCAAGGACGACGAAAAGCCCGCUGCCACAGAGCAGAAGAACGACGAGGCCAAGAACGAGUAA